AUGACGUGUUUGUAUUGUUUGGUACACAACCCCCAGCCCUCUACAGCACCACGCUGCUCUCCCCGCGGGGAACCCGGAGAAACAUUGACUGAACUGGCAAGGAAUGGGGACCAGAAUGGGCACCCCGUGCCCUGGCUGCGGCAUCAGCUCCAGUGCAGCGUCAAAGCCAGAACAGCAGGGCAAACGUACCAAUGCAGGGACCGCUGUCAGUUUGCCCUUUUUUGUUCAAAAUCAGAUCACGUAAAGCCAUUUGCUGUGUCAUCUGAAAGAGAUCGAAUGACAAAUACAUCUAAGAUUUUAGGAAAAUUAAUUUCAAUUAAUUCCUUGAGUUCCUUCAAUUCACUGCUUGAAGCUAUUUCCAAAAGGAAGAAACAUGCAGAAGGAACACCUGCGACCUCUGCAUCCAGACCAGGCUGGAGUCCCGGUCCGAGCCUCCUCCAGCGUGUCUGCAGGCUGAAGCAUAGGCUGCAGCAUGAGAGCAGCUACCAAGCACGGUGGCUUCGCUCUUCCCAAGCCACCCCAGCUCCAACAAGGGCUCAGGCACAGAGCUGGGUGAGAGAGAAGGGUGAUGAAAAGGAGCAAGCAGAGCUUUUGACUUUGAGCGUGUUACGAAGCGAGACCUGCUGCGAAAUGCUGUCAGGCUCAGCAGCACAAACGCACGGACCUGCCAAGCACCAGCAGACAGCAGCGAGCGGAUUGGAUGGUGCCCCUAAAAAACGACGGGCUGCUGCAACCCGACGCUCUAGAAAGUUAGUCCUGCUACCACAUGAGAAUAAUAGGCUUAGAAAAACUGAUGCAGAUAUCUCAGUAAGCUUGCUCUCCCUAGUUGUCACAGCCUGUGGUCUUGCUCUGUUUGGUGUCUCUCUGUUCGUGUCCUGGAAGCUUUGCUGGAUCCCUUGGCGGGAGCGUGGUCUGCCGUUUGGGAACAAAGACAACAAACAAGAAUCACUGAACUACACAGAUACAGAGACCAAUGACCAUGACUACAGUGAGGAUUAUCUGGGUCAGUCUACAGCCUAUCCGGAGUCCUCCAUGAAGAUUAGCCACACCUCCCCUGAUAUUUCAUUAGAUGCUCAGGCAGGAACGAAGGAGAACUGCGUACACAAUGUGCGAAUGCAUCGUCAGAUCACUGAACCAACCUCUUCUGCUCGGCAUAAUUCAAUCCGAAGACAGCUCAACCUCUCCAACCCUGACUUCGACAUCCAGCAGGUUCAGAAACAGGAGCAACUGACGGGGAUUGGCCGCAUUAAGCCUGAGCUAUAUAAACAAAGAUCUGUGGACACAGACGAUGGCCGGAGGAGUAACAGCAAGGCAUGUGGAAAACUGAACUUUAUUCUGAAAUAUGAUUGCGAUUUAGAGCAGCUGAUAGUGAAGAUACACAAGGCCAUCAACCUGCCAGCGAAGGACUUCUCUGGAACUUCAGAUCCAUAUGUGAAGAUAUAUCUGCUUCCUGAUAGGAAAACAAAACACCAAACUAAAGUGCACAGAAAGACCCUAAAUCCAGUAUUUGAUGAAGUUUUUUUAUUUAGUGUCCCAUACAGUGAUCUGAGCGCAAGAAAACUCCAUUUCUCUGUGUAUGACUUUGACAGAUUCUCCAGACAUGACUUGAUUGGCCAAGUGAUAGUGGAUAAUUUUUUAGAUUUGGCAGAUUUUCCCAGAGAAUGUAAUAUUUGGAAGGAUAUUGAAUAUGUCACCAAUGAUAAUGUGGAUCUUGGUGACCUGAUGUUUUCACUCUGCUACCUUCCAACAGCUGGUAGACUAACUAUUACAAUAAUAAAGGCAAGAAAUUUAAAGGCGAUGGAUAUCACAGGAGCAUCAGAUCCCUACGUGAAGGUUUCUUUAAUGUGUGAAGGAAGGCGACUAAAGAAAAGAAAAACUUCCACCAAGAGGAAUACCCUUAAUCCUGUUUACAAUGAAGCCAUAGUGUUUGACGUCCCUCCAGAAAACAUUGACCAAAUUAACUUGUCGAUAGCUGUUAUGGAUUAUGACCGUGUAGGUCACAAUGAGGUCAUUGGAGUAUGUCAAGUAGGCAACGAUGCAGAAAGUCUAGGUCGCGACCACUGGAACGAAAUGCUCUCAUACCCUCGGAAACCCAUUGCUCACUGGCAUCCUCUUGCAGAGGGCCCUAUUCAGCAGAAAUGUUAUGCAGGUCUUCUGCGCUUGGAUGGCUGCCGAAGAGGCAGUGGGAGCAUGGGUGCUGCCAACGUGCAAGUACGCUGUGAGAGAAGAUCGAGCAAAGUGAGGGAGCUCUGCCUCUAUGUUUGUGCCCUCAAUGACAAGCUAGCUGCUGGCUGA